AUGGUUACUACUACUACUACUGCUACUAUUCUAAGUGACACCAACACAUUCAUCGACCAAGUUGCAACUGACAACAAGAAAACACCAUUACCUGCUUCAUUCGCUGGUCAACAACAACAACAACAACAACCUUCAAGACAAGAUAUAAUCAACAAUUUAAUACAACUAGCCAAACAGGAACAAGCCAAAGGGAAUACUUCCAUCACUUCAGAUAAAUUAGAUAAGCUUCAAAGUGUAUUAAACAAUAAACCCGAACCACCACAGAGAAACUACAAUUUUGACAAAUUCCAUAGGUUUAAACAAGUUCCUGAACAAGAUAAACCUAGAUCAAAACCGCAAUACCCACCGUUUUUCGAUAAAUUUGAUAUUGAUAAAGCUGAACCCAAGAAAGGUCUGUCAUCAUCAUCAUCAUCAUCAUCACAAGUGCAGGAUAAAGAUUCAAGCACCUCAACAAAGAAAAGAUCAUCAAAAUAUAAAGGCAAAUUUUUUAAAGCAAAGAAAUUUACUUUCAAACAGUUGGAGUUUAUGUUUAUAAAUUUUCUUGAAACCAUUGCCAACAUUUUGGAUAAUUUACAUUUACUUUCAAACUUGCCAAUGUUUCCUCAAGUUUUGACCAAGUUAUUAAAACAAACCAAUAAAUUGUGGGUGUUGAUUCUUGUGUUUUUAGUACGAAAGACUAUAUCGCAAUUAUUGAAUGUCAUACGCAAGAUUAGAAAAGUCCAUACUGAGUUGAAUAUUAUGAAUGAAAAGACCACUACAUCAAAACCUAUUAAUGAAGAUAUCAAUAAGAAAUAUAACAAGAUUUUGAAGGAUUUAAAAUUUGAUAAAAUGAUGCUUAUAUUUGAAUUAGUGGGUAAUUUCCUUGAUUUAACAUUCAAUCUUAUUGAGUUGAGCCAGAUCAGUGUUCCUAAUUGGUUAAUGAGUGCUUUGAAUGUGGCAAGUAUGGGAAUGACCAUCUACAGAAUGAAUAAGGACGAUGAGUACAUUGAUGAUGAUAUUACUGAAGAUUUGAUAUAG